UUGCAGUCAAGACCGGGAUUUAAAAAAAAAAAAAAAAAAGGGGGCGGGGGGCGGGGGAGGAUGGCGGUGGCUCUGGAAGAAGUGUGGGGCCGGGUGAAGAAUGUCUGCAAGCAGAACGGACUGCUCAUCCUGUCCGUGCUGGCCGUGGUCAUCGGCUGCCUGCUGGGCUUCUUCCUCAGGGGAAAGCAGCUUUCCCAGCAGGAGGUGAAGUAUUUCCAGUUUCCCGGAGAGCUGCUAAUGAGGAUGCUGAAGAUGCUCAUUUUGCCGCUCGUCGUAUCCAGCUGUUGGCUCGAGUUGCUACAGACCACUAACGUUUUCCCUCUUAUUCCUCUGUUUGUUCCCCUCUCCUUCAGUUUGAUGUCGGGACUGGCUGCGCUGGAUGCCAAAUGCUCAAGUCGCUUGGGGAUCAUGACCAUUUCUUAUUAUCUUUGGACCACCUUUGUGGCCGUGGUAGUGGGCAUCCUGAUGGUGUACAUCAUCCACCCGGGCGGUGCUGCCCAGAAGGAGGACUCAGACGAGAGCAAGAAGCCAAUGACCAGCUCUGCCGAUGCUCUCCUUGAUCUAAUUCGUAAUAUGUUUCCUGCCAACUUGGUUCAAGCUACGUUUCAGCAGUAUCGAACGGCGAGAGUUUCAGAGCUCAUCCCCAAGCCAACCGUGGCUCAGCUCCUGGAUGAAACCACCACACGCAGAGUCUACAUCUACGGCAUCCAGGACGACAACGGCACAGAUGUGCAGAACUUCUCCUUGGACCUCACACCGCCUCCUGAUGUAAUCGUGAAAACCUCCCCAGGCACCAGCGAAGGCAUGAACGUUCUGGGGAUUGUCAUUUUCUCUGCAACUAUGGGAAUAAUGCUGGGAAGAAUGGGGCCCAAUGGAAGUGCUUUGGUCAACUUCUGCCAAAGUUUAAAUGAGGCAGUUUUGAAGAUAGUUGCCAUUGUUAUCUGGUAUUUCCCCUUUGGUAUUGUAUUCCUGGUAGCUGGGAAGAUCCUGGAGAUGGACGACCCUUCGGCCAUGGGGAAAAAAUUGGGCUUUUAUGCCAUCACUGUGGUAAUGGGCUUAGUGCUGCACGGUCUAUUCAUCCUGCCAUCUAUGUACUUCUUCAUCACAAAGAAGAGUCCCAUAGUUUACAUCAGAGGUAUUCUUCAGGCCUUGCUCAUUUCGUUGGCCACGUCAUCCAGCUCUGCCACUCUGCCUAUCACCUUUAAGUGCCUCCUCGAGAACAACCACAUCGACAGACGCAUCAUCCGCUUCGUGCUACCGGUCGGAGCCACCAUCAACAUGGAUGGCACUGCCCUCUAUGAGGCGGUGGCAGCCAUCUUCAUUGCCCAAGUCAAUAAUUAUGAGCUGGAUUUUGGGCAAAUCAUCACCAUUAGUAUCACCGCCACGGCCGCCAGCAUAGGCGCAGCUGGAAUCCCACAGGCCGGACUUGUUACUAUGGUGAUCGUGCUCACCUCUGUGGGUCUACCUACCGAUGACAUCACUCUCAUCAUUGCUGUCGAUUGGGCUUUGGAUCGAUUCAGGACCAUGGUCAAUGUGAUGGGGGACGCUCUGGCCACGGGCAUCAUGGCCCACAUCUGCAGGAAAGACUUUGUCAAAGAGGGGGAGCAGGCACCUCUGAUAUGUGAAACGAAGCCCAUGUUGAGCAUCCAGCAGAUGAUGACUUACCAGAACCAGAAGAACGGCUGCUACCAGCCCCCGCCGGGAGGCAAACAGGACCACCUCUCGCCCGAUGUGGCCCGCCUCAUCCAGCUGGAGGAGGGCAUUCGACCGGUGGAGAAGAAGAAGCACGGCCAUCCCUCGCACCACAAAAGAGAGCACAGAGACAAGGACCACUGUUCUGUUGACAUGAAUGGGCUGGAGACAAAUGUGUAAAAAAAUAAAAUAAAAUAAAAAGACGCUGGUCGACCGACAGCUAAAGGCGCGCGCACAGCUGCAGAACCAGCAGGAGAGGGAAACACACUGAAGAGCCGUGGUGACCUCUGUAAGUCCACGCGCUUUUGUCUUUCAAGGCGAAAAUGCCGCCAAGAGCAGACGGUGGCGAGGAAAGAAAAAAAAAAAAAAAAAAAGAUUCUAAAGACUGUAUUUUUUUCUAUCAAUCUAUAACAUGGCCCUC